CUAUAACCACCAAAGUCAAUAUAAUUUUCGCAAUAAAAAAAGAACACUCGCUAUUCGGUUGGUCUAGUCGCUCUACAAGUCCACACACGACCCUACUCCUAACCUGUCAAGUCUCCACCACUCUGCAGCAACUCUGCUUGCGAAUCCGGGAAAAUUUUGCUUGGCAAUCGCCGUGAUAUUCCGUGCGAAACUUCCCAGUAGUACAAUCGGCAACUGCAACACGGAGCCACUCGGUCACCGGCAAUAAAACCCUCGCCACUUCAUCCAUCUCUCGCACCGCGCACAUCGAAUCGCAUCGCACACACGGCGGAAGCAACGCCACUAGCCUGACGUACGUACGGCAGCAAUGGCCAUCGCCACCGAGUCGCAGCAGGCGCAGGUGCAAGCCGCCGCCACCGACGCCGUCGCGGCGGCGGCGGUCGGGCGCAAGGUGGUGGACGAGGUGUCCGGCUGGCUGCGCGUGUUCGACGACGGCACCGUCGACCGCACGUGGACGGGUCCCCCCGAGGUGCUCCCGCUGAUGCAGCCGGUGCCCGCCUACGCCGAGCCGCGCGACGGCCACACGCUGCACGACCUCCCCGGCGAGCCCAACCUCCGCGUGUACCUCCCCGAGGUCGCCCUCGCCGAGCGGCGCCUCCCCGUCGUCGUGCAGCUCCACGGUGGCGGCUUCUGCAUCUCCCACCCGUCCUGGCUCAUGUACCACCACUUCUACGCGCGCCUCGCGUGCGCGCUCCCGGCCGUGGUGGUCGCCGUCGAGCUGCCCUUGGCGCCCGAGCGCCGCCUGCCGGCGCACAUCGACACCGGCGUCGACGGGCUCCGCCGGCUCCGCUCCAUCGCGCUGUCCGACGCCGCCGCUCUCGGCGACCCGGCGGCGGAGCUCCUCCGGACGGCCGCCGACUUCUCGCGGGUGUUCCUCAUCGGGGACAGCUCGGGCGGCAACCUCGUCCACCACGUCGGCGCGCGCGUCGGCGAGGACGGGGCGGACAGCUGGGCGCCCCUCCGCGUCGCCGGAGGCAUCCCGCUCCACCCGGGGUUCGUGCACGCCACCCGGAGCAAGUCGGAGCUGGAGCCGAGGCCCGACUCGGUGUUCUUCACCCUCGACAUGCUCGACAAGUUCCUCGCCAUGGCGCUCCCCGAGGGCGCCACCAAGGACCACCCGUACACGUGCCCGAUGGGGCCGAACGCGCCGCCGCUGGAGUCCGUCCCGCUGCCGCCGCUGCUGGUCGCCGUCGCCGAGCACGACCUCAUCCGGGACACCAACCUCGAGUACUGCGACGCGCUGCGCACCGCCGGCAAGGACGUGGAGGUGCUGGUCAACCGCGGCAUGAGCCACUCCUUCUACCUCAACAAGUACGCCGUCGACAUGGACCCGGCCACCGGCGAGAGGACCCGGGAGCUCGUCGACGCCAUCAAGAGCUUCGUCGACCGCCACUAGACGUGGAGAUCAGAGAAGCGCAUCUUCUCCACCGUACGUGUAGCACCUUCCAGGUUGUGAUUGUUUCUCGUCUCGUGUCAUGACUGUCCGCCAUACGUUGGCCUGAGCUUGACCUUGUGUGUGGCUUGCUGUCCAUGUCAAGCCGAUAUCAUGUACGCAUCAGUGUUUAGGUACGCGUUUGAGUAGUUACAAAUAAAUAAUUGGAUCAUUCCCGAACAGUGGACUAGUUGAAGACUUGAAGUUGAUAGGUCGAGUGUGUGGAGUGUCCAAUGAUAAAGGGUGGCAUUGCAUAUUUGCAUGUGCAUUUAAAUCUUUAAUUACUCUAUCCGCCAUAUAAUGUAAGGUAUUUGGUAUUUUGGUCUUCAAAUUUGUAUCAAAAUAUAAGAAAUUUUAUGAUCCCAAAAUAAUUAUUUAUUCUCUCACA